UCUCUCUUGGAGAAAGUGAAAACAGAAUCGGCGUACUCCACCCCCUCUCUAUAAAGAAUACCAACCAUGAAGUAAAAAAAACAACUGCCUCAUCACCUAAAAAACAAAAAAUUCUUGCCUUAACCCACCCUCUCUCUUUAUCUUCUUUUCUUCUUUCCUUCCUUCCUCUUAUAAACCGUAUUCCAAUCAUCAUUUAACGAUAAUAAUCUCCCUUUAAAACUCUUUUUUUCCCUCCCUCCGCCCUCUAUGUCCUAGAAAUUAAAUAUAGGAAAUAUAUAUAAAGGAAAAUAAUUAAUCAUGGGCGGUGGUAGCAGUAGUAGUAGUUCUUUGUUCUCUAAAGCCCUGUUUGGAACACUCGUAGUAUUGGGGUUUAUCUUAGUUUUGUUAGUUGGGACACUGCAAAGUGAAGGGAACAAAACAAAGACGACGUUAACAACUGAGCCAUCAUCAUCGACGGGAAAGCGGCAGGAGCAUGUGAAGGUAUUAGCUAGAGGAAAGUUGUUGAGUGAUGGGCACCCGCAGCUGGAUCUCAACUACAUGAGCAAAAGAAGAGUUCCUAAUGGACCAGAUCCUAUUCAUAACAGGAGAACUGGCAACUCGAGACGACCGCCUGGACAAGCUUAGGCAUCAAAGUAUGGGAAGCUUCAGCCAAAGUGCAAGAGAUGACCACAAAGGCCAGCGUAUCUGCCGUAUCUUGUAUGUAUUUUUUUUUUUUGGAAGUGGGACUUUAAAUACUGAAAAUAUUUGAAUAUCCAAUUAAGCCUGCAUGUAUUUUUUUUUUUUUUAACAAACAAGAAUUGUUAUGGAGAGACGUGCUGGGAGAGGAGUAAACAAAUGGAAGCUUGUUUCAUACUACAAAAUAUGCUUCACCAUCAAAAGCAUCUAGGGAGAGAGAUAUUAAGCAGAUAGCUAGCCUUUUCUAUAUCAACUUUAAGUGUCUCUAUCUUUUUUCUUAAAGAAAAUAUAUUAUAAUUAGUUCGUUAAUUGUGUGGGAGAAGAAAAACGUGAGCAGCAGAUGUGGAGUUCAAUCUUUGCAUGGUAAAAAACCAAACAAGUGAGAGGGAGUGAGGGAGAAGGGGGAGAGAUAAAGAACAGUAGGUGAGAAUUUGGAAGUGGGGAAAUAUGUUCUUUGCAGCCAUGCAUGUAUGACAGGACGUGUACCAAAAUCCAAAAUCCGUCUACCUGUCAAUCAAUGGUUCUUUGGCUUUGGGUGCUUGGGUUUGUUUACUGUACUUGUCAAAGCUUUGAGUUUUAUUCUAGAAAAGGUGCGCACUGGGCAUGAGUUCCAAAACUAAAGUGAAUCCACCAAUUAAAGGUGUAAGCUCAUAAAAGAAAAAGUUGUUUUACAUCUUUGUGUGUUAGUCUUUUUCUCUGGAUUCUUGGGUGUGGGAGCUGGGACUGUUUUGGUCUUUGUGUCCAUUCAAACUUAGUAAACAUGCAUGAGAUUCUUAUAUCUCGAUCGUGGCAAUCCAAGGAGAACACAAAAGAGAGAGAGAAAAAGAAUGAGAUAAACAUAUACAUACAUAUAGUCGCUAUAUAUUCUCAUCAAAGCCAACCAAAAAUCAAAAGAGGGCUGCUCUGCUCUCUCCACGCAAAAUUUAACCUUUUUAUUAUUCAGUCUCCAUCUUUUGUUGUUUGCUCUAAGAAGUGGUCUAAAGUAAGAUAGAUUCAAAUUGAGGCAUUUACUAAAAAGGGCAAAAAGCAAAAGGAGAUGCAAGCCGGUGAAGCUUUUGCCUGCAUUUUGCAUGUGAGGGAGUCGCCAAUCAAUAACACAAACCAG